GCACCCCUCAUCACAAUACAAACAAACGGAAUAAUCUUGGAUUCCCCGACGGGAAAUAAACGCUUUUUGAAUAAAAAAAAUCGUUUUCUUUCUUUUUAUCAUCAGCGUUGCUGUCUAAUGGACUAUCACACCAUAACCUCUAGAGAUUACAUUCUGAGAGGUGCUGUGGACCAAAAUCAUGUUGGAUUGUAGUUGGGAUAAUCUCCUGUUAACGAAGAUAACAUAAGGGCGAUUGCAGCUGUGGAGCUCAAGAUGGCCAAGUUAUAUGCUCUGGCUCUCAUGAUGCUGGUGAUAGGAGCACUGCAGGUAGUGGUACGGUGUUGCCCGCGGCCGUGUACAUGCCAGCAGCCGGCAGAGGUGCACUGCACGUUCCGCUCUUUGCUUACCGUGCCAGCUGGCGUGCCCAAACAGGUGGAGCGAAUGAACUUAGGGUUCAAUACUAUAAGUAGGGUAACAUAUGGCUCUUUUGCUGGACUACGAAAACUCGAGCUUCUUUUGAUGCAUGGGAAUGAUGUUCAUCAAAUUCCCAAUGGAGCAUUUCGUGACCUCAUUUCCCUUCAGAUGCUGAAAUUAAGCUAUAAUAAACUGAAGGUACUUAGCAGAGGAAACCUUAUGGGUCUCAGAAGUCUUACUAGAUUGCAACUGGAUCAUAACAGACUUGAGUUUAUCCAUCCUGAUGCAUUUCAAGGCCUCACCUCUCUUCGAAUACUGCAACUGGAGGGCAAUCAGCUUCAGCAGCUUCAUUCAGCAACUUUCUCCACAUUCUCCAUUCUUGGACACUUCCCAGUGUCCACCCUGAAGCAGUUGCACCUUUCGGAUAAUUUGCUGACUACACUGUCACAGAGGAUGCUUGCAGGUAUGCCCUACCUGGAAAACUUGUUCCUGCAUGGGAACCCUUGGACUUGUGACUGUCGCAUGAAAUGGUUCAAAGAGUGGAAUAUAAAUUCACCAGGUGUGUUAAAAUGUAAAAAAGACAGAGCCUAUCCCGAAGGCCAGCUAUGCCCUAUGUGUUCAUCUCCAAAGCUCCUUAAGAAGAAACACCUCCAGGAGUUAGAGAACCCCACAUGCAAUAGCCCUAUUGCUAGCACUCCAAACAACAAAGCUAUUUCCACAGAGGACACAGAAAGUGAUCUCCUGACAACAGAUGAAUUUCUUCAACCCCUUGGCAACAUUUCUCUGGGCCUGUCCGAUGAGGAUGGACAUCAAGUAGACCUGUACUGCCUUGUCACUGAGCCUAAAGAGCUGACUAGCAUAAGCUGGCACUCUGUUAACCAACAUCAAAUAUCAGCAAACGUGACUCUGACAUUAGAUUUAAAGUGUCCCAUUGACAGGUCGAGCUAUGAAAAGUUGUGGAGAUUGAUUGCAUACUACAGCGAUGUCUCGGCCCACCUUCAGAGGGAGAUUAUGCUAAACAAGGAUCCUUACAUUAGCUACAGAUAUCGGCAAGAUGUUGAAAGGGAUGCUCUUUAUUAUACAGGCGUGAAAGCUAAUAUAGCUGCUGAGCCACAAUGGAUAAUGCAGUCAUCAAUGGAUCUCCAGCUAAACAGGCUUCAGUCUACCAGUAAAAUUGUUAGACUUAUUCUCAGCACCCAUAUUACUCAAGUUGUGGAGCCUGAAUAUAUAAGACAGCAGAAAAGGGAUUGGGUUUUUAUUGAAUCCAAAAAUGAUACUAGAACAAUGCAGGUGGCUGUGGUGGGAAGUCCUGUUGAGAUGAGCUGUUCUAUACAUAGCUCAGGGAACCAGACAUUAAAAUGGAUGCUCCCUGAUGGGUCAACAUUAAAAACACCUUAUAGCAGUGGCGAUAACAGGCUUUCGGCAUCAAGUUUUGGCCUGCUUGAAAUCAAAUCUGUGGAUCAUUCUGAUUCAGGAGUUUACUAUUGUAUUGCACAUGUUUCAAAUGAUCUUAGUGUCCUACCUCUACGCUUAACAGUGGAAGAAUCCUCCAGCCCACCUCCUGGAGUGGAAGGAGUAACAGAGACAAUUACAGGAUUUGCAGGUGGACAUGUUUCUCUUCCAUGUGUUGCUACUGGGUCCCCCGAUGCUGAUAUACACUGGAUUCGUCCCGAUGGCAGCAUUGUAAACAAGUGGCUAAACAAUUCCAGGACACUUGUGGCUUUAAAUGGGACUCUGAUUAUUAGACACAGUCAGCUUUCAGACAGUGGAUACUAUAAGUGUGUAGCAGGAAACCGACAUGGGAUGGAUACUUUGGUGACAAAAGUGAUAAUAACAAAACCACCAGGUAUGAUUCCCUUAAGGAAGUACUUCAGAGGGCCUCAACCUGCUGAGGGAGUUUCAACCAAAAUAAAAGUUCUUAUGUCUAACGAUGUAGAGUCAUCUGGAGAUAAUGAACCAGAAGAGCUUUUGGAGAAAACCCUUCCUCGGCGUGUGGAUUUACCCAAUCGAAGGAGGGUCCCAAAUAUGGGCGUAAAGGGUGGCCAUCCAUCCAGGAAUUCCUGGAGACGCCCUGCUAUUCCAAGGAGGAGCGUAGGUACGACAGGAGUGGACAGGGUUAAUACUGUAGAAUCGAAAAGAAGAAAUAGUGUGUCAAACAACCAAAUAGACCCAAAGCGCUGGGCUAGCAUUUUGGCAAAAGUUCGCAAUGGUGGAACUAGUCCAAAAACAACUACUGUAAACUCUGUACAGACCAGUACAAACAGAAUACAGGAGCCAGUGACUGACUACACAAAGCAGCCAGGUAUUACAAACAAAAUUGGAGGAUCGUCUGCAGAAAGUGCAACAACAAGAGUACCAGAAGAAAUGUUGUACACAAUCACAACGGCACGGAUGCCUAUUCAGACUACUGAGUACAACCUGGAUAUAAGACCUCUAGAUUCUGAGGACCAGAGACAUGUUAUAUACCAGAUAGCUGCACCAGAAUCUGAUUCAAAUUCAAAUUUGUUUACAGCACGCACAUAUAUAGCACAGCCUACAGUUGGUCCACAGAUUAAUUAUUUUACUGUCAGAGAUUCAGAGGUUGCAAACAGGAUUGAAACGAGCACUGUGUGGAAUACAAAAUUACAUGGAAAUCAUUUACAGGAAAACCAAAGCCACUCGAUGGGUAGUGGCAGUGUAAAUGAAGCAAUUAUAAAUUACAACGAUGAAUAUAGGGUUUCAAAAAGCCAUGAGCAUGUGUUAGAGGUUUAUCAAGGAAGGACUGAUCAUAGCUUACCACUAGCCACUGCAAAGACACAUACUGCACAAAGUGCAGGAACACAUGGUGAUGCCAAGUUAUUUACUCAGAUCUUAACUACAGUUAGGCAAGGAACACAGACCCUACAAAAGCAUACGACUCACCAGAAACCCAGUGUCUCAGAAAUUCCACUGCUAACUACUGUGACACCAACCACCAAACCUGCGUCAGGAGAUAAUAAAGCAACCUUCUCGAAUUCACUUUCUGAUUCACGUGCCUCACGUGCUAGGAACUCAUCCAGUUCGUGGAGGAGGACUGGUGGAAGACGUAAAAAGCCUAAUAGAAUUAGAACUAAGACAAACAGUUUUAAAUCAUCUGUAUAUGUCACAAAUGCAACCCCACAGCCCACUUCAGCUUCAAUUUCUGAGGUCACAAAAGGGUUUUCAGUCAUUACUAAGACAACUGCCUCCUCUGAAACUAAAAUAGAAACAUCUCCAUGGGCCAAAAAUGCAAAAGCCAAGAUGAAUACUACUGUUCCGUUAAACGACAGCCAAGUACAGUCACCAGGCAAAAUGACUCAUGAAGAAAACACAGAUCCUUUAUACAGUAGCAGGAAUCAUCAAACCCAUCAAUCUUUACCUCAAGAAAGAGCAUCUGUAACAAAAUAUAUACAUUUAGAUGAUGCCACGCCAGCUCAAAAACUCAAAACCACCACACCAGUUCCAAUGUUUCCAUCAACAUCCAUUAGUUUUGGAAGAGAAGAAAUAAAAACAACUAUGCACAAAGAAGAAAAUUCUACCUUGCCUUCACUGAAGGCAGGCAUUCAUGAGUGGUUUACAAGCACCCAUACCCCUGCAGCUAAAACAUCUGAAGAGACACAACAGGAAAGUAUUACACCAGAUUCGAGCCCAACAUCAGACCACUCCUUUGAGAACUCUUAUACACAUCCCGAAGACAUACCAGGUGCAAGUUCAGACAAAACAAACAACCAAUAUAAACCCACAGAUACUGAAAAUGUACUGUCAUCCAAAGAGAUGAUUACAUUGAGACCAUUCUCUUCAUCUUCCCCGAGUACUCAGAAUGAGACAGUCAAACAUCAUGCUGAAACCCCAGGUGGUUCAAUGGCAUCAGUCAUUUUUGAGUUGGCUCAUCAGAGUCCAGAGAUUACCACAGACAGACCCAAAACCUCUCCUGUAUUAACCACAAAACCACACAGAGUUACAGCUGGUAGCAUUUACAGAGAAGAUUCAGUGUUAUCUCGAAAUCCUUGGAGUCAAUCAAAUGUUACUAAAGGAAUUGUACUUACCACAACAACAACAUCUGCAACAACCAUAAUGCCCCCUACAGUACAUACAAAAAUGCUUUAUCCCAAUAAACCCACUUCUGCUAGCAGGAUUGGUGACCCGGACGAUGUUAAUCACAUUCUUGACAGUCAUAAGAGAUUUGUAACCCCAGGCCAAGAAACCAUUCCUAAGGUAGAACUUAGCGAAACAUACAGUAGAACAACACCCCCAGUCACUCAAUUCCCUCAUCAAUUAGCCUAUAUCUCUGAGGACACAACAUCUCUAGGAUUGAAGGUUAACAUCCACAAAAAGACAACCACAAAAGCACCCACAAUUCCACCACAAUCAUCAACAAUAUCCCCAUCACAGCAAAGAAUCCCUGGGAGGUCAGGUGGCACCUAUUUUACAAUAUAUCACACCACAUCAAGAGGGGCUCAGCAAAGACCAACAGCAGUGCCUGAAGGUCGAGGCAGACCUCACAUCACCAGCACAGACAUUAGAUUUGUAACAGCACAAGCUGAGACUGAUGUCUAUUUGCCAUGUGUGGCUGUGGGAAAGCCCAGUCCUUUCCUUUCCUGGACUAAAGUUUCCACAGGAGCUAGUAUUGCACAAAACACCAGGGUCCAGAGAUUCCAGGUCCAAUCUAAUGGUACGCUUGUUAUCCAUAAUGUUCUUCCUCUGGACCAAGGCCACUACCUCUGCAGUGUCCAAAAUCAAUAUGGAGAGGACAAGAUUGUGGUUAAUUUAAUUGUUGAAGCUGAACACCCCAAAGUGCUUCAUCCUCGCUACAGGGAAGCCACAGCAUACCUUGGUGAAACUGUAGAGCUGAUGUGUCAGUCCCAAGGGAAUCCUAAGCCUCGGAUCACCUGGGUCCAACCUGACAGGGCAGUGGUGCAUUCUGGUGUGCCUACUAAUGGCAUGUCUGGUCAGAGGGUCUCGGUCUCACCCAAUGGCACACUUUACAUAAAAUCUGCAAGUCACACGGAUCGGGGAAUCUAUAAAUGCAUUUCUAGCAAUGCACUUGGUGCUGAUACAAUAUCUGUUCGUCUGACUGUUGCCGCCUUGCCACCCAUUAUUGAACAGCCACGACACGAGAAUGUCAGUCUUUCAGAGGGAAGCACUGCCUUCUUGAAUUGCACUGCCACGGGUGCCCCUCACCCUUCCAUUGCCUGGACCACCCCGGAUGGCAUGCAACUCCAUCCCUCACAGUUUAUUAAUGGGCGUAACUUGUUUGUCUUCCCAAAUGGAACUUUGUUUGUUCGUAGUCUUGUUCUGACAGAUACAGGGAGGUAUAAAUGUUCUGUCACUAAUGUAGUUGGCACUGCACAGAGGACUGUUAUUUUGACUGUAAGGAAAUCCAUAAAGUUGUCCAGUGCCAGGAUUACAUUUUCAUCAUCUCAAAAAACAGAUGUGGUCUAUGGAGACAGAUUGCACCUGGACUGUAUUGCAUCAGGGAAUCCAGAACCCAGGAUCAUCUGGAGGACUCCUUUAAAAAAGCUUGUGGAUGCUCACUACAGCUAUGACCCAAGGAUCAAAGUGUCGUCCAAUGGUACACUAUCAGUCGUCUCUGUUACAGAGAAAGAUGGUGGUGAAUAUCUCUGUGUUGCCCGCAACAAAAUCGGUGAUGAUUUUGUGCCUUUUAAGGUCAGUGUCCUGACAAAACCUGCCAAAAUUGAACAGAAAACAGAAGCUGAUAAGAAGGUAAUAUAUGGAGGUCACCUAAAGGUUGACUGUGUGGCCUCUGGAUUACCAGACCCUAAAAUCCAGUGGGCAUUGCCUGAUGGUACCAUGAUCAACAGCGUUAUAAAGUCUGAGCGUAAUGUUGGGAGUCGAAGUCGCAGGUAUGUUGUUUUUGACAAUGGAACCCUCUUCUUUAAUGAGGUUGGGAUUCAUGAAGAAGGUGACUAUACUUGUUAUGCUGAGAACCAGGUUGGAAAAGAUGAGAUGAAAGUGCAUGUCAAAGUAGUUUCAGCUGUCCCGGUGAUUGAGAACAAGACACAUGAUGUCGUCAGGGUUCUUUACGGAGAAUCUGUCUCUCUCAAUUGCAGUGCCAAAGGUGAUCCAACACCUCUGAUAUUGUGGUUUUCGCCCACUAACAGAGCUAUGGCUUCAGCUUCAGACAAGUAUAUUAUACAUAACAAUGGAACUCUAGUCAUUCAGAAAGUUCAGCGAUUUGAUGGUGGAAAUUAUGUAUGUCUGGCCAGAAACAGCGCAGGGCAGGAUCGAAAAGUGAUGAGAGUAGAAAUCCUUGUCUCUCCCCCUGCUGUUAAUGGCCUUAUAGGCACCGCAAAUUCGUUGAGAGUGUCUACUGUUAGAGAUCAGCGUAAACUGAUUGACUGUGAGACCACUGGUACCCCCAUUCCACGUGUCAUGUGGGUUCUUCCAGAGAACGUUGUACUCCCGGCGCCAUAUUAUGGUAGUCGAAUGACAGUACAUCGCAAUGGCACAUUGGAUAUCCGUUCGGUGAGAAAGUCAGAUUCAGGCCAGUUAGCAUGUAUUGCUCGUAAUGAGGGAGGUGAGACAAGGCUUGUUGUUCAUCUUGAUGUAACAGACACUUUAGAGAAGCCAAAACUUAGAAGUCCCAAAAUGGAGUCACUCUCAUUAACUGUGGGCAGGACCAUUUACCUAAACUGUUCAGUUGAAGGCUCCCCAGCUCCACAGGUGACUUGGAUUCUACCAAAUGGCUCCCCACUAUUGAGCGGUGCAAAAUUCAAUAAAUUCCUUCACAAUUCUGAUGGGACUUUGAUUAUCAGUAACCCUGCUCUGUCAGAGGCAGGCACAUAUCGAUGUUUGGGACGCAAUGGAGGUGGACUGGUUGAAAGAACUGUUGCACUGAUGCCAGGACACAAGCCAGAAAUCAAUAACAGGUAUAACUCACCUAUCAGUGUCAUUAAUGGGGAGAAUUUACAGCUGCACUGCUUGUCAAACACCAACUCGGUCCGUCUCACCUGGACUCUGCCAAGUGGGAUGGUCUUAAACCGUCCUCAAAAAGCCGGUCGUUAUGCCAUUCUUCCCAAUGGAACUCUUUCCAUCCAGCAAGCCUCUGUCCAUGACAGAGGCUCUUACACCUGCAGGACAUCAAAUGAAUAUGGAAGCUCCCUGCUCACUGUUCCAGUCAUCAUCAUUGCAUAUGCACCCCGUAUCACUAGUGGGCCAGUUCCUUCAACCUAUGCCAGAAGAGGAGUAGCAGUACAACUUAAUUGUGUAGCAACAGGUAUACCCAAAGCAGAAGUGGCAUGGGAUACCCCAGAAAGAACACGGCUUGUUGUCGGCUCUCAACCACGUCUGUUUGGGAACAAGUACCUUCAUCCUCAGGGCUCCUUAAUCAUCCAGAAUCCCACAGCAAAAGAUGCUGGAUUAUACAGAUGCACGGCCAGAAAUGUCAUAGGGGUUGACUCAAAAGGUACAUACCUUCAUGUGUACUAAUAAGAGAGGAUGUCUCCUCUUCGUAUGCCCAAGGAACUGCGACGUUGAACUGUUACUCAGCUUGAUAAUUUAUCAAUGUGAAAUGGAAUCAGCCCCAAUUUAAAAAUACUAUUUUAUUAAUGAUGGGUUCCUAAGAAUAAGCAAUUUUGCAUCUACAAUUUUACUAUUUUCCUUCAGCUUGGUAUGGAAUCUAUGUAAUGUAACCAACCUACUGAUAUUAUAAGGCAUCUUUCUGUUUUCAUUGUUUGACAAUGACAGUUUUGCCCGGUUUCACAGACAAGGUUUAAGGCUAGUCCCAGACUAAAAUGAAAAUUUGAGCUCUCUUAACCAAAAAUAAAUUGCCCUGACAUAUCUUAAAAUAUGUCAUUGCCAUUGUUUUGUUCAAGAUGCACACCAGUAAUAUAUUUUUUAAGGCAUUUUAAUAAAAGUGACUUAAAUAUCCUAAUUUAACUAAGGCAUAGUCCUGGCUUAAGCUAAGCCUGGUCUGUGAAACCGCGCCAUUAUGUCUAAAUGU